UUAGGUUGGUAACUGUUUACAACUUAACAAAAUAGAUAAUUUCAACUUUGAAGAGUCGGUAAAAUAUUUAAAAAAUUUAGAAAAAGUUGCUGGAUUCUAAAUUAAAAAUCAAGAUUAUAAAAGCUUGGUAGACAUAUCUAGAAUUUUGAGAAGAGUGAAGCGUGUUGAUACGUUUUCAAAAUGCAAAAUACGGCAGAUUUGGUUGAAGAAGACGCAGCUGAUUUACAAUUCCCGAAAGAAUUCGAAAAUGCCGAAACUCUUUUAAUAUCUGAAGUGCACAUGUUACUGGAACAUCGUAAGGCACAAAAUGAAUCCGCCGAAGAAGAACAAGAAUUUUCUGAAGUGUUUAUGAAAACAUUAACAUAUACUAAUCGAUGUCGAAAAUUUAAAAACAAAGAAACAAUUGCUGCCGUACGAAAUUUAUUAAUGCAAAAGAAAUUACAUAAAUUUGAAUUGGCUGCGUUGGCAAAUUUAUGCCCUGAAACACCUGAAGAAGCUAAAUCAUUGAUACCUUCGUUGGAGGGGCGAUUUGAAGAUGAAGAAUUACGAAUUGUAUUAGAAGAUAUACAAACUAAACGUAGUUUGCAGUACUGAGUUUAUCAAAAUUUUAUUCUUUUAUUUAUGUUAUAUCGGAUGUUUAAAAAAUGGCUACUGUUAAAAAAUCGGUCAUUUUAAUUGAGAAAAUAACAUUCUAUAUUCUAUAAGACUUCGACUGUAAA